GUUUCUCAGAAGCCAAUGGGAUAUAAGAGGGAACAGGCAAACUGUAAUGAUUUGUAGGCAAUUUGCUUGUGGUAAGAAUGGAAACUGAGCAAGAGGAUGAGAAAUACAGAAAGCAGAACUGGAUGAUAGGAAACUUGGGCUUAAGAAGGAAAGGGCUGGAUUAACUAUGUGGUGCAGUAGAACAAUUACUGGCCCUAGAGUUGGGAGGACUCUGAGUUCAAAUAUAACCUUCAAAUAUGACCUCAGAAAGUUACUAGCUGGGUCACCCUGGGCAAGUCACUUAACUCCAAUUGCCUCAAUGAAAAGGGAAGGGAAGCUCCAUAAAAAUGAAUUAAUAUCCCUAUCUGUGUUUGCGUUUAUUUCUUCAUGUAUUUAUUAAGCACCAAAAAAGUACUAGGUACUGAGGAUACAAAGACAAAAUGAAAAAGUCCUUAUAUAAAGAAGUUUUUACUUUACAGGUUAAUCCUAACCCUUAAUCUCAUCCAGCACUAACAGAGGCCUAUUUCUCAGUUCUUGCCCCAAACUCUAUCCACUUCCCAAUUCCCUUCCCCUACUCCAAUCUGGGUCUCUAGACCCAGGUGAAACAUUGAUCAUCAGACCUUCAGGCCCCUUUUUAGCCUGCCUCAUCUGCAACUUGGCUUUACCCCCUUCUUCCCAUUGAAGAACUCAGAAUGGCUAGGAUCCAAAUAGGUUAGAGACCUGGAUGGAGGUGGGAGUAAGACAACUGGGGUGUCUUACAGUUGUCUUACUGGGUUCCAGUAGAGUUGGUUUGUCAGAAUGAAAGGAGAGUGAAAGUUGAAAUGAGAGAGAAAAAGGGCUGAGAUUUUGUGUUUGGAGAAGGCAGAGAGAAUGUGGGGAAAGAAUUAAGGGGGAAUGCUGUUGGUGGGAGUGAGGGAGAGAUUUGAGGAGUCAAGAACUGGGGUUGACUCCCAUUCACUUUCUCCCUGAUGUGUCUUCAGGAUUUGGAGCAGGGACCAAGCCUCAGAAAGCAGGCUUUGGAGCAGGGAUCAAAGUUCAGAGAGCAGGAAAUGGAAAUGGUCUAGAAGCUGGGGCAUUCCCAGAAGCCAGAGCUCAGCCAGGUCCCUGUAAUGGGGGCUCCAUUCCAGCUCUUCCUCCUAGGCCUCCCAAUGGAUUAGGGCCUGCAACAGGGAGUCCCUCAGAAAAAGGAGGAUUCAGGACUCAGAAUGGCUAUGGACCAGUUUCUCCCCCAGGCCUUGAAGAUGGAUUGAAAACUCAAAAAACAGGACUCAGAAAUAUACUUGGAGCUGGAUCCUUCCCAGGGGCCAGGAUUCAGCCAGGUUAUGGUGCCAUGAAUGGAUAUGGGACAGGUCUUAGAGGAGUCAAAUCACAGAAGAUAGGUUAUGGGAAUGGAUUCGGAGCAGGUGCUUUCCCAGAGCUUGGGCCACAACCAGGCCCAGGUGGUGUGAAGCCUCAAAAAGCAAUUUAUAGCAAUGGACUAGGAACUGGAACCUUUCCCGAGGUCCAGCAAACAGGGUUCCCUGGGGCUGGAAGUUAUCCAGCUAAUGGCUAUAACAAUGGAUAUGGAGCUGGGGGACCUGGAUACCCUAAACCUUCCCUAUAUGAAAAUGGUGGUGGGGCCAGCUCCUUUGGUGCUCAGGGGGUCCCCUUUCUCUCUGGAGGUUCAGAGACUGGGGCCAAGACUGCUAAACAUGACUUUGGAAAUGGGGUAGGUGCAGGCUCCUACCCUGCAGAUGAAAGCCCACCAGGUCUCUAUGGUCAGUUAAAACCAGAGCCAGUUCCUGGGACUUAUGGUGGACCAGACAUGAAGCACAACUUCAAUGGCUUCUUGGGAAAUGGUUAUAGAGGUCGUUGUCCUCCAGGGAAAUGUUGAGCCUAAAGGGAUAUCCCCAGUAUCCCCCAUGUGAAGAUCUUCAGGGGACCUGGGAACCUAAGACCUGGCCAUCUUAGUGCUAUCUGGCUUUUUGGAAAAAACAGCAACAGGUUCAUUGGGAGGGAAGUUUCCCCUCUGCCCUAGGAGAGCCCUUAUUGGUCUUAUAAAUGGUGCUUUGAGGCAGAGAGGAGGAGAUCCUGGGCCUGUUAAUAAAGGUUUAAAUUACAA